CAGGUACGUAUAGGCCCAGUCGUAGGGACCUUGGCGUGGUUUGCUGCAGCCUAUCCCGGCAGCACGCCAAGUGGGCACACUUGGACCGAACCUUGGAUCGCUGACGGUGACGAACACCUCCUCGCUGAUCUCCAUCGACAACAACAAUACAUCGCUUCCAGGCAGACUCACCCCAAGUAUCAAUCCCCUGCGCGACUUCGAUCCAUUUCGUCUUUUGUUGCUGUGGUCUCGCUGCAGCCCCCGCUCACAACAUCGUCACCUCCUGCGACUGAUAGCGCGAUACUGAUCUUAUCACCCACGCCCACCCCGGCCCCUGCCCAAGAGCCAUGAACAUCCUAGAAUGGGCUUUCGGAAAGCGCAUGACGCCCGCCGAGCGUCUACGCAAGAACCAGCGAUCUCUCGACAAGGCCAUCCGUGAGCUCGACCAGGUCCGGGUCAAGCUGGAGAAGCAGGAGAAGACGCUGGUCACGCAGAUCCGGCAGAGUGCACAGAAGAACCAGAUGGGCGCCGCGAAGAUCCAGGCCAAGGACCUUGUGCGCACAAGAAGAUAUAUUGAGAAGUUCUACGGCAUGCGGAGCCAGUUGCAGAAGAUAUCCCUGCGCCUACAGACCUACCGGACGAACGAGCAAAUGAUGCAGGCGAUGAAGGGCGCCACGAUGGCGCUGGGAAGCAUGAACAAGAGCAUGAAUCUGCCCCAAUUACAAAGAAUAGCCAUGGAGUUUGAGCGCGAGAACGAUAUCAUGGACCAGCGCCAAGAGAUGAUGGACGAUGCGAUCGACGACGCCAUGGACACGGGCGUGGAGGAGGAGGGCGACGAGGUUGUCGAGCAGGUCCUGGAGGAGAUUGGAGUGGACCUGAGCCAAUCUCUUGGCGAGACGCCUUCCGGCUUGCCUACCACCGCUGUGGCCGAAGGCAAGGUAGCCCAGGCAGUCGGCAGCGGUGGAGGUGGAUUCGAUGCUGGCGAUGACGACCUGCAGGCUCGCCUGGACAGCCUGAGGAGGUGAUGCAACACCCAGAGCGUGACAAGUGGUCAUCCUAACUACGAGCACAUCUCGCUGACGGUGGUGUCACAUGCCGGCGUUGGGGAUAUCAUACUUGGGGGGUGCGGGGACAGGCAGCUGAGGCAGUGCCGUUUUAACUUCUGUGGUGGGAGGAAAUGACUCGAAGUGCUGCUGUCUCCGCCCAAGGUCUAGUGGCAGCUCAGCCUUGAUCUGGGAUUCGUCUUCUCGUGAGUCGGGGUUGGGCGAGCGGCGCAUACAGACACUGUGAAAGUCUUAUGCUAUGUGUCUGACGCUCCUUGUCGGCCUGGGACGGUGUCAUUGCCCUAGCGAAAUGCUAUGAAGAUUUAUGAAGGGCAAAACAAAGACGAAACAAAUCAUUCUCAGUUUUGGCCAGCCCAAUAAGGUGGCAAUCGUUCAAGAACGUGCUCACCUAAGGUGGCAGAUAUAUGCUAGGCAGCGGUAUCAUUGUAUGCAGUACACGGCCACCUAGACCACUCGAGACUAGGUGGCAGGGUGGCAAGUACUGAGUAUUCCGUGCUCCAUACCUACCUGUACCCCGUACUCCAUACUCCGUAGCUCCCAUAGCUCCCAUAGCUCCCGCUCCCUCUGUAUCCACACCAGAGCAUA